AUGGCAAAUAUUGGCACGGGGAAAAGGAAUCUUCGAAUCGACUCUCUACCACAUGACCGUCAAAUAGCCGAAAAGGAUUGUCGACAAUGUGUCAAGCGCCGCAUCAAGUGCGACCGCACUCUUCCGCAUUGUCGCAAGUGUGAACUACGCGACAUCUCAUGCUCAGGCUUUGAUCGCCUACAACUCCGCUGGAAUCAAGGUAUAGCCAGUCGCGGUCGAUUCAGAGGCAAGGGCGUUCCACUGCCCAAGAUCUGCGGCUCAACGGGACCCCAUCUUGGCGGAGUGUCCAUUGAACUGAGCGCAUCGCCUUCGAGAGACGCAAGUGUAAUUAAAACCCACCUCGCUACCUCUUUGAAUGACAAAUUGCUUCAUCACUUCUUCUCCACGGUGGUGCCUCGGUUGACCUGGCUAGAUGUUGGGCCUUCGAACCCCUGGAGACGUUUGAUCCAGCCCCUGGCCUCCCAAUCGCAUCAUCUGAGAUUGUCAAUUUCUGGUCUAGCCGCAGCUCAUCUAGCGGCGACGGUAUCUGGAGAGGGUCAGUCAUCCUUCUUCUUGCAGGUGAAUAAUAGUAUUCGCGACGAGACUUUGAAAACCCUGAGCCACGGGUUGCGCAAUGAGACGAAUACAGGCCGCAUGGCUUCUCGGCAGCUUCAGUCCUCGGAGACCGAGUUCUUGAACAUGUUAGCGAGCGCACUUGUCCUUUGUUACUCGGAGAUGCACAUUCCGAGCUCGAACGACUGGGGUCUUCACCUGCGGGCAUGUCGUGCAAUGGUUGAAAGAUGCUUUCUACUCUCGCAGCAGAGCCACCCUCAUGACGCGCUGUCAAAGUUCCUGAUCAAAGAGGUUGCUGAUUUGGAAACCUUUGGCAACCUGGCUAGGUCUCGCGUCUCAGAGAAGGCAAUUGUGGGUACGAAUUUCAACUCGCUUCUUCACAGUAACCUUUGGACUUUUACGGCAUUGAUCGAUGAGCUCACGAGGGUAGAGAGGCUGCGGUCUAGCUCGCCCAAAAAGUACUUCGGCUCCACCGAGUCAGAGUUGGAAAAGUGGCACGGAAAACUUGGAGCGGCUUACGAAAGUGCAAACGAAAUGAUCACAUCUCUACCAGAAUGCGACUCUACGCAGAGUAUGUUCCGACUCGUGAUUGACGCUCAUUACUAUGCAACUCUGCUGUAUUGCUACCAAUGCCUCACUCUGCCUGGGACAUAUGAGCAACAAAAGCGAGAGUUUUGUGAUACUCUCUGGCACAGUAUACAAUCAGUGACCGACAAAUCCUCAGCUGAGUUCAUUCACGAUGUCUUUUUCCCCUUGUUCAUCGUCGGCACCCAAUCUCUACACGAUAUGGAGCGACAGGCGGUGGUGGAAGCAGUCUUUCUCCAGACUAUGCAUGCCACAGGCUUCUGGUGCAAUCAGACAGCACUGCAGAUGCUUCGUUCAUUCUGGACUCACUCGGACAGGGCAAUCGACGAGACUUGGAUUCAGUUUGUUCGGCGAAAUGCGGCUGCUAUUGGACCCUUUGUGAUCUUCUAG